AUGCAUUCAGCUCUCCUACUCUCUACUCUUGGCUGCGCCUUCUUCCACGCCAUUCAUGCUUUUGAGUUCACUGGCCCUGACUCAGCCGAGAAACUUGACCUCACUCAAUCUAUCACGAUCACGUGGGAUGCCAUUAAUGGAUCAUUAAGCGAACCGAAGGCUCGCGCACUCCAUCUCUGGUUCUAUGCGCUUACCAACGAUGAUAGCGAUUGGUUUGGCUGGGAACUUGCCGUCGAUCUGCCGCUCUCGGCGGGCUCGUAUAAAUGGAACCCUAACACAAUCGUCAAAAGUCUCAAGGACAAGGACGUCUCGCUCUCACCAGACGCGAUGCACGCCUUCGAGGCCAGGCUGCUCGACAAUUCUGGAAGUAAGCUAUCAACAGUCGAGAGCGACAAGUACGCCGUUAAGAGCUUUGAUUUUAUUAGAAAUAGUGGUAAUAAAGGGGCGCAAGCCGGGCUUUAUACAGUUACUGUAGCUCUUACCAUGGCCGGCUUGGCGCUUCUCUGA